AUGACACUCUGUUUCCGAUGUCGGCAAUACAUUCGCAACGCCUCUUCGUCGACAGGCCAAGCUGAUGAGCUCUUGAGGUCGACUGUAUCAAGUGCCACUCGUCAACGGAACUCUCUCAGACCUGGCGAGCACACCAGUCGUGCAAGCUCUCUUCCCACAACUCCGCCGGCCAGCUGCACUGUUGUCAUGACAGCCCGGACAACCGACUCUUUCCAAUCGGCUUGUUCUCCACAUCAAUUUGAGUCGCAUGGCUCGACGACAGAGGCUCUCCCUGCUUCGACGAAAACAUGCUCGGCCAAGGGACUCUCGAGAGUGAAGAUGCAAAAGUCGAUUUUGGUGUUGAGGGUUGGUUCGGUCCGAGAGGUACAGCAGCUCAAUGGAGGCUGUGGUCAAGGUCGCUCGCGUGCAAAGUCAAACAAAGAGCCGUUUCGUGAUUUUAUUGCUUUCACCCACUGCCGAAGGAUGACUAACAGAACUGGUCCAAAUGUUGCCAUGGCAACGGGUGACAGCCUGGUGACGCAAGGUCUGGCGGCAGGACGUCAGCGGACAGACAAAAGUCUGCACAGACUGAGAGGUGUGCAUUACAGCAGCAAAAGAUGUGUAAGAAAAGACGAACACCGACAGACUAACAAAGAGAGCAAACCAACAUGA